AUGGCGAGAUUAAUUUCUAGUGAUUCUUCAUCAAUCUCACUAAUUUUUAUUAUUUUACUAAGUGUUGAUCUUUUUGGUGCAUCUUUAAGAGCAACUGCAAUCACCCCACUAAUUAAAACAGCUUGUGAUUUAUGUAAUGUAAAAGAUUUUUGCUACAAUGUUUUGGCAGAAAAUCGAGAGGCAAAUAGGGCAAUAACAAGGUUCAAUCUUGAAGAUGUUGCAAUUCAAUUAGCAUAUACAAACUACACAAAUAUUCACAGGAAGGUUCUUACAAUCACUACAAAUGAAACAAAUCCAACACUUAAGAAAAUGUACAAGCAGUGUCUUCAUCAAUAUGUACUAAUGAAAAAAGAUUUUGAGUUUCUACUUGAAACUUUGGUCAUGAAAGGUGAUAUGGGACAAGCUAUUAUUGUGGCACAGGAUGAUUUAUUUGUUUGUAUGAGUUUAUUUACGCAGUCACCAGCUUCUCCAAAUCCAUUUGCUCAGGAUAAUGAUAAUAUGGCUUCCUUCUUAGAACUUAUUAGGGAUAUUUCUUUCUACCUACUUUGA